GUUGCUAAUUGUAAGGAUCUCUAGCUUGUUAUCACAUUUGGGGUCGGUGUGUUUGAGGUAAGUCACAGUUACUAAAAAUAGAAUUUGGGCAAGUAACUUUGACUUAAUUCUCAGAAAUUGGAGAAAUUAAUGAAACAACCAAUGUGAUUUUACUUGACUUUGUUCUGUAAAGAAUUAUGCAGGGUUUUGUUGCUGUUGAAUUUACAGUAUUGUAUGUCUCAGGAUCAAGAUAGAUUCAUCUAAUAUCCAUUCAAGACACUUUCAUUUUUUGCAGAUAAUGCAGACUUGCGCUGUAACCAACACCGACAACCAUAUAUGCAAACCCAGUCAAAAAGGGUAUAAAACCUCAUGCAUUUUGUUUUAUGCUUUCUGCUUGAAGGGUGCAUUCUUCUAAGAGCAGUGUUUACCAUUAUGUCAGAAGUUUAGAGUUUACUUUGUUUGCUCAUAUAACGUGUAUGUAGCCACAGAAUGGUAUCUCAUAUUAUGUCACUUUGCAAUAAUUUUGUUUGUGAAUUAUCUAUGAUUUAACACAUGACAGCCAUGUUAAUAAACAAUUAUUGUUACUGAUCUGUUUUAGAAUCACAAGAUUGAGAGGAUGUGGACGGAGAUAAAUCAACGCGUGAAUAACCCCAUUAAGGCAGCACUGGUUGAACUAGUAGAUUCUGAACAGGUUGACAUUGAAGAUGAGGUGGUCAAAUACUGUACUUCAAACGUUACCUUGCAACUGGCAGAAAUAGGUGUCAGAAGAGUUGUUAACUCAUGGAAUGCUCAUCACAUCCCAGGUAAAGGAAUACCAAAUCAACUCAGCUUGAAUAGAGCUACUUCUCCAGUUCCCGCAACUCAGUUUCCCUGUGCUGAGGAGACAGCAGUGAUGUAUAACAACGACAUGCCAGCAACCCUGACAGCCCAUCCAUCGUUUGGAAAAGAUCCAUUCACAUGUGAACAAGAUCGACUGGAGUGUACGACAAAAGUAGAAGUUGUAUGCCCAGAUAUGAACCCUCUAUUUAACUCACUAAGAUGCCCUGAUCCAGAUAGAUCAGCUAAGAGAAAUAAGGAAGCUGGUAACAUAGCUGAACUUAUUGAAGAAAUGUUUCUGAAACCAGAAAAGCCAACGGUACGAGAUGGGGAAGAUAUCACUGUAUCUAGUGCUGUGACAAAAGUACAGAGUGCUCAAGUUGUUCUCAGAGCAAUGUAUGAUAACAAGGGUGAGAAUCUUACAAGAUUUGAAAACGAGUUGCAAGAAAUCAUCACUUCAGGACAGUUCAGCCUCUCUCCAUCUGGCAGAGGGUUAGUCAAGAAGACUCUGGGAGGAAUGAUUACGCCAACAUCUUGA